UAUAGUCCAGUUCUUGAAAUUUAUCGAAACCAUUAAUUCCCACCUUUAUAAAAUUGAUUAUCAAGAAGUGCGAUCUAGGGACUAACAGCUGCUGAAAAAUGGCGACAAGGACGUCUGAACUAGUGGGUCGGGUCGACCCGGCUCAGAGCUUUGAUGUUGAUGCUGUGCUCCGUUAUGCGAUUGCGAAUGUUGAUGGGUUCCCUCGGAGUCCUUCAGAAUUCACUGUUUCUCAGUUUGGCCAUGGUCAGUCCAAUCCUACAUUCCUCCUGGAAGUUCACAGCGGAAAUUUGAAGAAAAAAUAUGUGUUGAGAAAGAAACCCCCGGGAAAAUUGCUUGAAUCUGCACAUGCUGUUGAAAGAGAGUUUCAGGUGCUACAUGCCUUAGGUACUCACACGUUGGUUCCGGUGCCUAAAGUUUUCUGCUUGUGUACUGACCCCAGUGUUAUUGGGACAACAUUUUACAUUAUGGAGUAUCUGGAAGGACGUAUAUUUAUCGAGCCCAUGCUCCCAAACGUAGAACCUACGCAAAGGCGUGCCAUAUAUUAUGCUACGGCUAAAGCUUUGGCCUCCCUUCAUUCUACUGAUGUUGAUGCCAUCGGUCUGCAAAGCUAUGGGAAACCAAAAAAUUACUGUAAACGACAGGUCGAGAGAUGGUCCAGACAGUAUCUUGUUUCUACUGGUGCGGGAAAGUCCAACAGAAAUCCCAGGAUGUUAGAACUCUCUGAUUGGUUGUCGCAGCAUAUUCCUCCUGAAGAUUCUUCAGGGGCAGCUGCCGGUUUAGUCCAUGGCGACUUUCGCAUUGACAAUCUUGUCUUCCAUCCGACCGAAGAUAGAGUGAUCGGUAUCCUUGACUGGGAACUAUCAACCCUAGGAAAUCAAAUGUGCGAUGUUGCAUACAGCUGCUUGCAUUACGUCUUGGAUAUUUCUUUGGACAAAGUAGAAAAUAAUGGUGGUCUUGAAUUUACUGGAAUACCGGAAGGAGUUCCUACACUAGCAGAGUAUCUGGCGGAAUAUUGUGCUGUUGCUGGGAAACCAUGGCCUGCCUCUCAAUGGAAGUUCUACUUCGCCUUUUCUAUGUUUCGUGGAGCAUCUAUCUAUGCCGGAGUACAUGCUCGAUGGAUCAUGGGAAAUGCUUCAGGAGGAGAGCGUGCCCGCCAUGCUGGACAGAAGGCGGAUGCUAUGAUCGAGAUUGCUUGGGCAUUUAUUCAGAGGGAAUCUGUUCUUCCCAUGCAUCCUCCACAGGAGUUAAUUCCCCGAGAACACACACAACCACUUGGAAAAGAUAGCGGAGAUAGCCUCUAUUUAAGUGGUGGUAAAUUUGUUCCAAAUCAAAAGGUUCAGGAAUUGAGAAACAGAUUGAUCAGGUUCAUCGAGGAUCGCAUAUAUCCAAUGGAAAAUGAGUUCUAUAAACUUGCUGCUUCGAGCAUGCGUUGGUCUGUUCACCCCGAAGAGGAGAGGCUAAAGGAGCUAGCAAAGAAAGAAGGCCUAUGGAACUUAUUCAUUCCUUUUGAUAGUGCUGCUAGGGUUAAGAAAGUUGUUUCUGGCCAAGGAAAAGAUGGUCUGAUUGACAACACGUUUGAUAAAAUACUCGGUCCUGGUCUGUCAAACCUCGAGUAUGGAUACCUUUGUGAGAUCAUGGGCCGUUCUGUGUGGGCUCCACAGGUGUUUAAUUGUGGUGCACCGGAUACGGGAAAUAUGGAGGUAUUAAUGCGCUACGGAGAUGCUGAACAGAUACGCCAGUGGCUCGUUCCCUUGCUUGAAGGCAAAAUCCGAUCUGGAUUUGCAAUGACCGAGCCACAAGUGGCAUCUUCCGAUGCUACUAAUAUAGAGUGUUCCAUCUUGAGGAAAGGAGAUUCAUACAUUAUAAACGGUCGAAAGUGGUGGACGAGCGGAGCCAUGGAUCCUAGGUGCAAAGUUCUAAUUGUCAUGGGAAAGACUGAUUUUGCAGCCCCCAAGCAUAAACAGCAAUCCAUGAUCUUGGUCGACAUCGAUACUCCCGGUGUAAACAUAAAGAGGCCAUUGACGGUGUUUGGCUUUGAUGAUGCGCCUCAUGGACAUGCGGAGAUAUCAUUCAAAAAUGUACGAGUACCAGCCAAGAAUAUCCUUCUCGGUGAGGGUCGUGGAUUUGAAAUCGCACAGGGUAGGCUAGGCCCCGGCAGGUUACACCAUUGCAUGAGGCUGAUUGGCGCUGCUGAGCGCGGCAUGCAGUUAAUGGUUCAACGAGCAAUCAGCAGGCGCGCGUUCGACAAGUUGAUCGCUGAGCACGGCUCUUUCCUUUCGGAUGUCGCAAAGUGCCGGGUCGACCUUGAGAGGACUAGAUUGCUGGUUCUGGAGGCUGCAGAUGAGCUCGACCGCGUUGGGAACAAGAAGGCGCGUGGAACCAUCGCCAUGGCCAAGGUAGCUGCUCCGAACAUGGCGCUGAAAGUGCUGGACAGGGCGAUGCAAGUGCACGGUGCAGCGGGUUUAUCGGGCGACACUGUCCUGGCUCACCUUUGGGCAACCGCACGAACCUUACGGAUUGCAGAUGGUCCCGAUGAAGUCCAUCUGGAAACUAUUGCCAAACUAGAGCUUCGAAGAGCUAAGCUUUGAACACAUUCUCCUAUUUUCCUUCUAUAAGAUAAUAAUGUUGUACAACUACGCUUAUAUACCGCGAUAGAAUAAAAUGUUGUAACAUUCAAAAAA